AUGGGAGAGAAUUCAAAGUGAGUUGACUCCUUCUCCAUCUUCAUCGUUCCUUUUCGUUUCACAGAAAGUUUGUGUCGUGUGACGUGGCAUCGGCGAGGCGACUUGCUUUCUUUGGUUUCCUCUCCGCAGUCCUCACUUCUUUGUGCGCCAUCCUCCUUGUUCCCUCCGUCUACUAUCAAAUUGAGGUGGGUAAUGAGAAAGAAUCUGAAUAGUUGCAAACCGUUUUUACGAUUUCUCAGAAGGUCAAGACGCAGUAUGAGGGCGAGUUCUUCUCGUGUAGGAAGGAAAUUGACGAGAUGAGGAAACGGAGUGUGAGGUUCGCAUUUGCAGAUGGUUUUGAGGGACGGAGGGAAAAGAAGCAGGUCAAGAAAGAUAUGACCGAUUUGGUGAGUAAAGAAUUGGGUUGAAAUUCAGAUGGAUGCUAUUGCAGGACGACUUCCGAAGUGGCUACUCGUACAAUGCGCCCGUUAACCUCCAUCCAAAAAUUUCCAAAAAUUGCUGUCAAUGCUCUCUAGGUCCUCGUGGUCCGAAAGGAGAUAGCGGAGCGAAUGGGAAGGAUGGUUCGUGUUAUUACUUGUUCGUAUUCUGAUAGAUUCUGUCAGGGCAAGACGGUAACCCCGGCAAACCUGGACGGCCCGGAAUGGAUGCGAUCGAAAGAAUGAUCUCUGAUGGAUACGUGGAUUUCUGCUUUGAAUGUCCUCCAGGAGCCACUGGUGUUCCGGGGAAACCUGGAAUCAAGGGAGUGGUUGGAGAGCCGGGAGCACCCGGAAAUAGAGGAAAGAGAGGAAAUGGCAUUCCUGGGCCAGGUAUGUCCCUCCAGCAAUUUAAAGAAUAAACACGCUUUCUUCUAGUUGGGCCUCCCGGUGUUCGUGGAAAAGACGGAGCCAUUGGAUCACCAGGAUUGGCUGGUUCCCCAGGAGUUGUUCAUUCAAUGGAAGGCCCUCCAGGACAGCCAGGACUUGCUGGAUCAGUUGGAAAGCCAGGAUCACCUGGGAAACCUGGACCUCCAGGUGCUGACGGGAAAGUUGGUAUCCCAGGGCCUAGAGGUGAUCCAGGAGGACCGGGCAUUCCAGGCCGACCCGGCGGAGAAGGUCCAGUCGGAGACAACGGAAGAAGAGGAUUGGACGGCUCCUGCUCGCAUUGUCCACCAGCACGAACCCCUCCCGGUUACUGAACUCUCCGCGUGCCGUUUUCAAGAAUACGUGACUGCCAAAAGGUGCAUUCUCACAAUCAACCCCUUUUUCUGCAAAAAAAAGAAUACAUUUGACACGUAUAACCCAUUUUUCAAUAGGCUCUUUCUAUUCUCCUUCCUCAUUCGUAAUGCACUCGAUAAGAAGAAGUGAUCAGAAAAGAUGGACGGCCACAUCGAAUGUCCGGCUGAUAGUGUGCCUGGCCGACCGGACGCCAUACUUUCACGUGGACAAACAACUUCUUCUGAUGUUCGAUAGACGGUUGUUUCAGCAGGUUGGCUGGCUUCCGGGUCAAACAGCAAACAAAAGGGCGAGAAAGAAGGAAUGGCCGAACGAAUGUGUUCGUGAUAUAAACUAAAGUUGUAUACACUCAUUUCUGAUCUUUAGGAAUGUCCUUUCAGUCGUCGGGUUGUCUAGUCAAAUGAAUGGAUACUAUUGUAUUCUUGUGUUGCGACCAAUCAAUUUCAGCCUGAAAACAUUAAAACAAUUGUGAAGGGAAACGUGACUUGCGCGGUGCAAUCAUCAAUGGUUCUGAUCGUUCCGCAAAAAUGAUGACAAACGUCUUCUCGGGGAACAUGUGCGCAGUACGUGACAGUUGCUGUCUACGUGCCUAUCGGAAUUCUGAGUUACUGUAGAAAUGGAGAUUUUUCUCAGAUCUCUUCGAAAACGACAUUUGUAGUGUAGUGCUUAACCGUAACCUUUGCCCCCAUUGUCACGGAAUGCGGCUGCCCGCCCGCUUCAUCGUAUCAUUCGGAAUGAGCCGAUGGGAAAGAGGAGCACAUUCCGUAGCCGGUGAGACAACGGCAGUCAACGAGGAGAGAAAAGAGGGAGAGUGCUCUUUGAGCACAGGAUUCAUACACACUUUGCACUUGGCUCCAUGUUGUGUAAACCAAUGAGAGUCUCGUCGCAAGACAAGAACACCUUGACGUCACAGCGUCACGGCUGGGGAAUCACUCAAACUCAAAAGAUAGGAAUGGCCCUUGGUAGUCGGAUGAACUCCGUUUUUGAAUUUCUCUAUUUCCUUCCUUGUAGCCUGCUGGAAAUAGAACAGAAAAGACACGCGGAGAAUAAAGUGAUGUACGAGCUGAUAAGCGAAAAGCGCAUGAGUUUGCGCACGGUUCCCGGCGAGAAGUUUGGUGACGCUUACGGAUUGGCACAUAAAUUCUUGUCGGCGAAGUUUCUGAGAGAGACACCUUCAGAGGUAAAGAUCAAAAGAUGGACUCUAACCGAUCAAUGACAUAUCCGUGUAUAACCAUGUUCACCAUAAGAUCUUUUCGGGGAAUUUCCUCCGAAUGAAAGUUAGUCUAAAGAUGGUUUUUUAGUCUUUAUUCCACAUCAAAGUUCAAUCUUCUAAUAUAGCUGGUUCAUCGUCUAAAUCACGAGAGUAUCUUCUUCUUCUCCUUCUCUGAUCUAUGACGUGGAUCUUCCACUAGUCGUACUCUGUGGCUCGGACGUCCGCAAUACAAUACAAUCGAGACGUAGUGGACAGAGAUCGUCGCGGCGGACGAUACGGGUGCGAGGUGAUGACAAAUUAUCAAUGCGGAGACUGACAGCAGCUAUCUCAUUUGGCUGGCGGUCUUCUUGCAAACCGACCGUCACACCAUCCAAUUUGCUGAUUAUCACGUACGCGUCUACGUGACUUUUGGCACGAACUAUCGGGCGGUGGGCGGUACAGACCGAACACGGGAAGCGAUGAAGGAGGCACCUUCCGAGACCUCCCCGCCCUCGUAUAAAACGGUCGGGCAUUCCAUUCUCACCGUCAUCUUCUGCUCGCUACACCGAGUUCACAGAAACUUCAGUUUCUCCGCCCUGCUACGUAACAAGUACGUGCCUCGACAGGCGUUUCUCUUCCGUCUCCUUCUCCAUUCCGAUCCCUUCGCACAGACUUCUUGCAUCCCUUGAAGCGUUGCAAAUGAAGCGGGUCGGGCCAUGCGUCCUCCACGUGACACCUCCUUCUUUUCUUUUGAGUCUUGCUUCUUUUUGAUCUAGCGAGUUCCUCUUCUUCUUCUCAAGAAAUUUUUCUCAUCGUCAUCAUUUAUAUGGUCCCUUCAGACUAUAUGUCAUCAUCGCCGACACUCUUAAUGAUGGAACGACUCAGCGAAGUGCGUGUCUACUCUCCGAUGUCCUCCUCUUCCAACUUCUCCCUCGAAUGCAUCGCUGCAGCGUGGCUUCCCGACACUGUCCGCGCAGCAGCCAGUCCUCUUCUGGCUUGGGUCAUAAUGGUAAGUCGGCGAAAAUGAUCGGUCUCCUACGUGACAAGUCACUAAUUCGUGUUGCUGACGACAGCUUGUAUCUGAUUCCGUGGGCAUACAAUGCAUCUUUUAAGGUUGUGAUCGGCACGUUGACACCUUUCGGCAUCUUAUCAGGACUCAGCCUCAAGCGAUCUAUCAAAGAACUUUCAACCGAACGAUCAUCGAAGCUCGACGUGCUGGACAUCUUUCGCUUCCUGGCCAUCCUCUGGGUCAUGCUCAACCACACGGGAAGCGAAGGACGCGUGGACAUUCUGGAGAGACUUCCGUCCGCCGACGCCUUCAAGAGUGCCAUGCAUGACCACCCGAUUUUCGGGGCUCUCCUCGGCAACUCUGCCCUCGGAGUUGAGAUCUUCCUCGUGCUCUCCGGAUUGCUGGCUUCCCGUUCGUGGCUUCGCAAAGCGGACGAGCCGUUCUUCCAGCACUGGAAGUCGUUCAUCGCCCGUCGCUUCCUCCGACUCGCCCCUUCCAUGCUCAUCUUCGUCUACAUCGCCGCCGGCCCGAUCAUGAAUGCCCUGCUCCCUCGCUACUCUUCCUCGAUGGUCUCCGCUUGCGGAUUCUGGGGAGUUCUCUCGCACGUCACAUUCACUUCCAACUGGCAAUCGACGCCAACUUGCAUGGGAUAUUUGUGGUAUUUGGGUCUGGAUAUGCAGCUCUACAUGAUUGCUCCGAUCUUCCUCAACCUCCUCCACAAGUCGCCGAAGAAAGGAAUCGCUCUCUCGCUCCUCGCCAUGAUCGCCUCUGCUUUCAUCCGUGCUGGAUACUGCACUGCCUACGGAACCUGCAACAAGAGCGACGUCGACAUUCCAUUCAUCUCCUACCCCGGACAAGAUGCCGCCACUCUCAAGUCGAUCUACGCCGGACUCUGGGACAUGUACUCCAGACCCUACACCAAAUGCGGGCCGUUCCUCGUUGGACUUCUUCUCGGAUAUGCCACUACUUGCAGCCAGGUAAGCAUCGCAACUUCCGAUGCCUUCUAUUCUCUUCGUUCCUUUCAGUUCAUCAUGUCCCCAUCCGCCUCGAGAACUCUCUUCCAUUCGAGUCUCUUCGUCGCCGUUGCCACCAUCUACGCCAUUCUCCCUGAAUACUGGCAUCCGGAUGCCGGAAACACCGUCUACAACACCAUUUACACUGCCGUUUUCCGAACUGUCUUUGCUGUUGCGAUCGCCGGAAUGAUCUCCGCUCUCUACUUCCGCCAACAAUAGUGAGUCGUUCCCUCUUCCUCUUCCCAUUCUCAACUCUCCAUUUUCAGCAAACCUACACAUCCAGUGUUCGCGAUGCUCGCCAAGCUCACCUACAACGCCUACCUGCUGCACAUGCCCGUCGUCUACAUCUUCAACUGGCUCCCAUUCCUGCAGACGGCCACUUCCCCGGUCCACCUUCUCCUCGUUCUCCCCUUCGUCGCCGUCCUUUCCUUCCUCGCCGCUCUCAUCUUCUAUCUUUUUGUCGAGGCGCCAAUCGGCCACCUGACUUCUCAGUACGCCACGCGUCUCGGUCUCUAA